AUAGUACUCAAAUAAAAUGAAUUACUUAUCGAUCAUACUGCUUCCUUUUUCUUUUCUACCCUUCAGUGAGGCAUUAACACACUAUAGCAAAGGAAAGAUAAGCUGCGAAAAUUACUUCUGUUAUUUAGUAAUAAUCGCAAUAUUGGUAAUAUCAUCAAUACUAUUAUAUGCCUGUUGUUAUGUUUGCUUAAGACAAUUUAUUAUAAAACAUAAAGUAAUAAUCAAUCAGUGA